ACACAGGAAGCAGCGCGGAUAUGAUUUGAUGCGGCGCAAGCUCCUCUUCCGGUCUCUUUUCCCUUAGCCACUGGACGAAAAUGACGAAGGGAACAUCCUCUUUCGGUAAGCGCCGGAACAAGACGCACACCCUGUGCCGUCGUUGUGGGUCCAAGGCCUACCACCUGCAGAAGUCCUCCUGUGGCAAGUGUGGCUACCCCGAGAAGCGCAAGAGAAAGUACAACUGGAGCGCUAAGGCCAAGAGGAGGAACACCACUGGAACCGGCCGUCUGAGACACCUGAAGGUUGUCUACCGCAGAUUCAGGAAUGGUUUCAGGGAAGGUACCACCCCCAAACCCAGACGUGCUGCAGUGGCUGCCUCCAGCUCAUCCUAAACACACAUUUUUUGUUAAAUAAAUGUGAUGUUAAACAGUUUCA